GUCCCCGGCUUCCGGCGCCCAGCAAAACUCCAGCCUGCUGCGGUCGCCACUCCUGCUUCAUCUCCUGCUACUGCGACGGCACCUACUACAAAGCCGAAGUCUCCGGCUCCUCCUACAGCCGCUGCUGUUUCACCGGCUAAGUCUCCAGCAGCGGAAUCACCGAAGGUGGCUUCAGUUCCACCUCCGGCAGCAUCUUCCGUUCCACCGGCUGCGCCAUCUCCGAAGGCGGCUGCUGUUCCACCAGCUACCGCACCAUCGGUUCCGGAGCCUGUGUCGGAACCGCCGGCGAGCUCGCCACCUGCUGCAGUGCCAGUCAGCUCUCCUCCCUCGCCUCCGCUUGAGAAAUCUCCUGCUUCAGCGCCAGCGACUCCACCAGCUGUUACAGCUACACCUCCGGCUCCAGUUUCUUCUCCUCCGGCGGCUGUUCCAUCCCCGGCUCCAAGCAAGAAGAAGAAGAAGAAGAAGUCCAAGAAGCACAAUGCACCUUCGCCAGCGCCGUCUGCCGAGGUUCUCGGCCCUCCCGCGCCACCAGGCGAAGCCCCUGUUCCGAGUCAGGAUUCCACCUCCCCUGCACCAUCUCUAGCAGCAGAUGAUCAGAGUGGAGCGGGGAAAUUGAAGUGCUUGAAGAUGCUGGUCGGAAGCUUGGUACUGGGAUGGGCUGCCUUCGGUUGGCUCUUCUAGAGAUGUCUCAGUUUCCCACUCAUC